CGCGGGCCGCGUCUCUUUAACCGCUGGCCGUGAAAGAGCCACGUCUGCGAUCGACGAAACGCACCGCUCCGACAGAGACAGAGUUUACUUACGACCCGCACGAGAUCACAGGCUCAAGAGUUGCCGCGAAGAUGCUGCUAAAGUGUUUGACUAUUUUGUCGCUGGUACUCUUCGGCGUCUACGCCGACGAGAAGGAUGUCCUGGAGCUCACCGACGAGAUCUUCGAGAGCGAGCUCGAGCGCCACGAGAACACACUCGUCAUGUUUUACGCACCAUGGUGCGGGCAUUGUAAACGGUUGAAGCCAGACUUCGCCAAGGCUGCAGAAUUGCUCAUAGGCAACGAGCCACCGAUCACUCUCGCUAAGGUGGAUUGUACAGAAUCUGGAAAGGAAACUUGCAACAAGUUUUCUGUCAGUGGUUAUCCAACUCUCAAGAUUUUCGAACGUAACGAGUUCAGGUCAGAUUAUAAUGGCCCCAGAGAUGCAGCCGGCAUUGUUAAAUACAUGAAGUCUCAAGUGGGACCAGCAUCCACAGAAUUGACUAGUGAAAAGGCUCACAAGACGUUUUUGGACGCUGACGAUGUCAGUGUGGUAGGUUAUUUCGAAGAGGAUGAUUCUCCAUUGGCCGCAGCAUUCCAUACUGUUUCCAAAAAACUCAGGGAAAAAGUCAGAUUUGCUCACACAUCGACAAAAGAAAUUUUAGACAAGGUGUCCCAUAAAAAUAAUAUUGUUUUAUAUCGUCCAAAGAUACUCCACAAUAAAUUCGAAGAUAAAAGUAUAAUAUAUGAGGGUGGCGACUCUAUCAAUGAUGUAAACGACUUUGUCACCAAGAACUACUACGGUAUCGCUGGCGUACGCACUCGCGACAAUGCACAAGAUUUCAAAAAUCCUCUAGUGAUCGCCUAUUACAACGUGGAUUAUGUGAAGAAUGCCAAGGGCACAAAUUAUUGGCGCAACAGAAUCAUCAAAGUCGCCAAGGACUUCCCCGAAUACUCCUUCGCCAUAGCUUCCAAGGAUGACUUCCAGCACGAAUUGAACGACUUUGGUAUCGACUACACAAAAGGCGAUAAGCCAGUUGUUCUAGCACGAGAUGCCAAAAAUCAAAAAUUUGUUCUUCAGGGCGAAUUCUCAGUGGAGACGUUUGAAGCGUUCCUGAAGGAUUUGCAGGCCGGCGCUCUGGAGCCGUAUCUUAAAUCCGAACCGAUCCCGGAGAGCAAUACGGGCAACGUAAAAGUCGCAGUAGCCAAAAACUUUGAUGAUGUGGUCACCAACAAUGGCAAAGACACGCUGAUUGAGUUCUAUGCACCCUGGUGUGGUCACUGCAAGAAAUUGGCGCCGAUAUUUGACGAGUUGGGUGAUAAGCUAGCGGACGAGGAUGUCGAGAUUGUCAAGUUUGACGCGACGGCAAAUGACGUACCGGCUCCGUACGAGGUACGUGGUUUCCCGACCCUCUUCUGGGUGCCCAAAGACGCCAAGGACAGCCCGGUCAAAUAUGAAGGCGGUCGCCAACUCGAUGAUUUCGUCAACUACAUUGCCAAACAUGCCACUGAUGAGCUCAAGGGCUAUGAUCGUAAGGGCAAUGAGCGCAAGUCUAGAAUCGACGAGCUAUAAGACAUUAUGGAAAAAACGAUCGCGAAGCUCGUUUCAGAAUGAUUCAAUUCAAUCGGAUCGACGAUCCGUGAGUUUUCCUCAUAUAAUACACGAGUACAGUUAAGAACGCGCAAAUGUGCAUAAACAUAGAAAAAAAUAACGCUGUGAGUGCAGAUAUAAUGCGUACCCGCAUCGCGUAUUUUGCAAUAAGUGAUAGAUGAAGAAUAUUCGUCAUAUAAGGAGUAUUUCUAGUAUUUAGAAUUGUCUAGUAUGUAUUAAUUUUACAUAUUUGUCAUGUAUUAAUUUGUAACGAUUGUAUAACGACAUAAUGCGGCUUACAGAAAUAAUUCCAAAUUUUUUUCUAUAAUGUGCUUCAUGAACAAAGAAUUAUAAAGAUAUAAAUAUAGAUAUAUAUCCGCAUAUAAUUCUUUAUCUUUAUAUAUAAAAUACUGUCUAUUCAAACAUCUUCAUCUUUCAUUUAUUACAAAAUAUAUAUAUAUAUAUAUAUAUAUAUAUAUAUAUAUAUAUAUAUAUAUAUAUAUAUAUAUGAAAUACACACACACACAUACACUCCAUUCCAAUCUAGCGUUUCGAUUAUAUACUAAGAGAUGUGUGCAGCGAUUUCUGUUUAUACGAGUCAAAAUAAAUUGUUUUGUACAAAACUUUCGUAAGACUUCUUCCCCUAACACAAUCAUGUAUAAACCAUAUUACCCACUUAUGAUAUAUAAAUUUUUAGAAGUAUCAUAAUGUAUAUUAAUAUACUAUAUAAAAAAAAAUAUUAGAAAUUAACGCGAAUAAACGCGUGUCCCAUUUUCGCGGGUGUCAUCCAACAGUAGUACCGAUUAUACAUCUUCAUAAGAAAUGUUUAUUGUUAGUUACAAUUUGUUAUAGCGUUCAUAGGUUAAUCAUACAAUACAGAAGUUACAUACAAAAGCUAGUUAGUAGUUGUAGAGAGAAAGAGGGAGGAGAGUGUAUGUGAAUUGGUAGAAAUUUUUCGGAAGUCAAGAUCGACGAUCUCUUUUCUUUGAUGAUAAAAAAUUGGUUUAUUCAUCGGAACUGCUGAUAAAUCUUUUUUUUUGUUUUCUUCGCGUAUACAAACCCCAUUAAUCACGUUCGAGUCUCAAAAUAUGUCUACUUAUGUGAAGAAGAUAGUUAACUUACGGCGAUUAAAACCGCGUUAUCGAUAACUCGAGCUUUUCACGGGGCCCAUUAAGAAAAAGUAUUUCAUUUGUAUGUGUCGUGUGUAUGUACGUGUACGGGGAUACAAGAUACAUGCGUAUUCUUUUCAGCGUUAGCUUCAAUCGAAGAAGUAAAACGCGACUCAUUCAUAUUGUGUAUGCAAAUACGUAUUUAUCAUAUUUUAUAAUGUUGGAGAACUCGCAUCUAUCUAAACGAUCAGGAUCAUUCUCGUAACUUUUGCUUAUUGCUCUCUGUUUAUGCCAUGCAAGAGUAAAGUGUGUAUGUGUAUAUAUAUGUUUAUAUAUAUAUAUAUAUAUAUAUAUAUAUAUAUAUAUAUAUAUAUAUAUAUAUGUUCUGGAAAAAUGGUAUUCGAAUCUCGAUCGACGCGCGUGUCUAUUAUGAGAGAACGGUAAAGAGUUUAUAUCAUAUGUAUAUACAAUAUCGGGUGCAUAAUUGAUACAAUUAUAUAAGUAAUGUAUGUAUAUAUAUAUUUAUAUAACGCGCGGUAUAUAUCCACGAAACUCAUUAUAAAAAGAACACUUUCGAGCGACGCGCGAACUUGCACAGGAGGAGUGGAGAGCGUAUAUCCGAGUGUUUCCCAAAGCACUCAUUAAUUCACAGGCACGCUUAAUUGCUUAAUAUACAUCUCCCUUUCUCUCUUCUUGCCAUCUGUUUUUCCUUUUUUCUUUGCUUUCCACGAAUCCAUCAUGCGCGCGUUCGCUCGUGGCGGAAGUAUCUUAAGUUUUCGUCGCUAAGCUUCUUUUUUUUCUUUUUCUAUUACGCGAUUUUGAAAAGUUCCAGUUAAAAGCGUGUAAUAUAACAAGAUCUCUAUACUACCGCUAAACGCGCGUUCGAGAGAAACAAAGAGAGAACUUAGUGAACACAAUUCCGCAGUCAAGUAACGUUGAACUAGUGGCCGAGAGAAGCGUUACGCGGCCGUUAAUUCAACAUCACGUCUUUGUAACACAAUUUUUAUUAUGAAUCUUACACAGAUUAGACGGAUCUCUACACAAGAGGACGAGUAACACAUCAAUUUUUUUUUCACUUCGACGUAAAGAGUAGCACAAGCGAAACAGGAAGAACUUGUGGCGAAAACAACAAGGUUGGAAAUCUGUGUCAAUUUCGCGAAGUAAGCUUGACUCAAUAUAAUUGUGGCACACACGGUAAAAUCAAUUCGGGACAUAUCGUUACGAGAUAAUUAUGUACGACCGAUAAUCUCCGAUUAAGAGUACAUUAUACGCUAAAGAUAUCAAUGGCGUAUGCAUAUGUAUAAAAAAAUGCGCAAGCCGCAAAUCCAGUUACGGCGUGGUCAGACACAAAGAAAACGCGUUCCCCGAAAUAUAUAAAUAUAUUAUAUAGCCGCUGUUAUAAUCCGUUGUGUUAGUGUGUCACCGUGAUACAAUAUAACUCAAAUAAUAAUAAUAAAAUAUAUAAUAAUACACACAUUUAAUCUAAUUGGUAUCUUAAAGAGUAAAGUUACCUGCUCUGGUCUAUCUAUGCGCGUUUAUAAUAUAAUAAAUGUCCGUUACUCUUCUCUUUUUUUUUCGUUCACGAGCCAAUAACGCGACGAUUUUAAUAAAACUUUGAUGCAAAAAAAAUUCAGAAUUCUCAAAUCGCCUUUUUGGAUUCCUACAUUGUUUUUUAAUUGCGUUUCGUGUGUUACACUGUUUUGUAUUCUCCGUUUCUUAUCUAUAUUUUUUCUCAACUCGAUCGAUUUUUCUUUCAUUUUGUUUAUUACCAAAAUAAAGAGCUACUACGAUAAAAAAAAAAAAAAA